AUGGUCAGAACUCAUCUUGCUGACCGGUCUACCGACCGUCAAGGCUGGCCUAGAAGGCGCCACACCUUGCAAUUACCUGUCGGACGCCGCGAGUUCCGAGACCUAUCAGACGCCGCGACUGCUGAUUGCUUAGCAGAGGCUGGGACUCCGGAUCUCACCCUAUCCGGCGGCAUGACUCUCGAUCGCCGGGUAGACACCACCGCUGACCGUCUCCUGUCGAUAACCAAUCCUUGGCUCGGCAGCGGACUCGAACUGAUUUCCAGACACCAGCCACUCGAGCCCCUCCUCAUUAUCAUGGUAGAUCUGGCUCUUGCUCACCGGCAUCAGCCUGACUUGAUGCUAUCCUCCAAAUGGAUUGACGUCUUCACCAUCACCGCGGUCGGACUCCUGACCAUCAAGCAGCUCUGGGACCUGCGCGUUCCCCUCUAA